CAAUAAUUUUAAUAUCAGGAGGUCAACUAAAAAAAAAAGCACCGAACAUCAAUAGAGUUAGAAAAGCAAUUCUACGUACACUACACACGAGCAUGGCAACAAGGGCCCUUCAGUCAUUUCACCAAUUUAUACUUCCAGAACAGUCCGUAGAAGGCAACGUGGUGAGGCUUCUUUUAUAUAGUUAUUUGCAGGCGGGUUUUAAGUGCAGGAAAGAGAACAAGAGCUUAGUGGAAAUAAUCGACAGAGAAAAUGCCUUGCUUGAACAUUUCGACGAACGUUAAUCUUGAUGGCGUCAACACAUCUGCCAUCCUCUCCGAAGCCUCCUCUCAGGUCGCCAAAAUCAUCAAGAAACCUGAGUCUUAUGUGAUGAUUGUGUUGAAGGGCUCGGUUCCAAUUUCAUUUGGAGGAACUGAGGAGCCAGCAGCUUAUGGUGAAUUGGUAUCUAUCGGUGGCCUUAGCAGUGAUGUGAACAAGAAAUUGAGUUCUGCAAUUUCAACUAUUCUUUUGUCAAAGCUGUCGGUGCCCAAGUCCCGGUUCUUCCUCAAGUUUUAUGAUGUCCAGCGCUCCCACCUUGGUUGGAAUGGUUCCACCUUCUAAAUCCAGCUUCUUGCCUGAUUUGCUAUCAGACUUGACACCACGCUUUCAGACAGAUGCGCGUCUUUGGUGCUUUGCGGCUGUAGAAACCUCAUCUAAGUAGGAUAUUUCUGUUUCCGUCUAGGGUUAUGGCAUGUAGAACGUGAAUGCUUUUAAACUGUGCCUCUUCUAGGGAAAACUAUGUUUUUGCUUGAAAUCUAACCUAAAUAACUGUUUAGUCAUUAAUUAAUGGAUGUUCUUUGACAUGCA